ACGAGAUUAGCUCUGCAGCGUGAGCUCAGCUUUCUGCAGCGCGGACAUUUCUGACGCUAACUAGCGCCUGAUUCGGUGGUUUCACUAUCUUUUGAGUUACAAAAGUAGCUUUCCUUCACAAUACAGUAUUUUGUAGAAGACUGUUUUUGGAGCUGUAUAGCACGGACUCGCUGUUUUGGACAUAUUUGGACAUUUCUCGGUGCUAGCUAGCCAAGGUUAGCGCGUUAGCUAACGAUCAAACCAUGAAUAUUGACAACGUUAAUCAGUCUGUCACAACUGGAGUGUCAUCUACGACGUCUUCAACUUCAAGCAAUUGCAUCGCAAAUGAUAGUGCAACAACUAACGUCAGCAGCAUCCCUUCGGUGACGAGUAAUGCUUCAGCUUCAGCGGCCAUGGUGACACCGUCAGCAGACUCAUCUGUCUCCAACGGCGUCUAUGUUCCUGGUGGCAUCACCAAUGGAGAUGUAAAGCCUGCCAUUUCCACCACACCCUUGGCAGAUUUCCUCAUGCAGCUGGAAGAGUACACUCCCACAAUUCCUGAUGCAGUUACAGGCUACUACCUCAACCGGGCUGGCUUUGAGGCUUCUGAUCCAAGAAUAAUCCGUCUGAUCUCCCUUGCUUCUCAGAAGUUUAUCUCUGACAUUGCCAAUGAUGCGCUGCAGUACUGUAAAAUGAAGGGCACUGCCUCAGGAAGCUCAAGGAGUAAGACAAAGGAUAAGAAGUACACUCUUACUAUGGAGGACCUGACUCCUGCCCUCACGGAAUAUGGCAUCAAUGUCAAGAAACCAUAUUACUUUACAUAGAACUGUCUUUAUUUAAGGCUUUUUGCUUUUGCUAGUUUUAUCUCCCUGCUGACCCACUAGAGUCUAUUGACACCUUUAUUGCUUAAUGUUUCUUUGUUUUUUGAUCACGGUGCUUUAGUACAGCUUAGACAAAUUAUCAUACUCUGUUUGCCAUUUGUUAUUUUUUGUGGAGCCAAUUUUGCGUUGUGUUUAACUGUAAAUUGCGUUUUAUUGUGGAAAUAAAACCCUUACCAAAAA